AUACGAUGUCUCCUCGUUCAGGACAGCCUGUAAAAUGAAUCAGGCCGAUCUGUAAGGCCCCUUAAACGGUGAAAUCUCUGGGCUGACAGCGGGGACUCUGUGGAGGAGUUUUAUUCAGCGGAUCUCCGGAGAAACAGCAGAUCUGUCCCCUGCUUCUCCCCUCUGCUGUCUUGGCUGGAGAAAGGCCGUUUUUUUCCAAACGCAACGCCAGAAAGGGACGUUGAGAAAGUAUCAGACUUAACCGGAAUCAAUGAGGGAGCCAGAACAGGAGGAGCAGCCUGAAAACAACAUGCCCCCCAAGUUUAAACGACACCUCAACGACGACGAGGUCACAGGAUCCAUCCGCAGCGAGCGGAGGAACCUGCUGGAGGAGGACUCUGAAGAAGAGGAAGACUUUUUUCUGAGAGGCCCUACAGGACCCAGAUUCGGACCCCAGAAUGACAAAGUGAAGCACGUACAGUCCCAGGUUGACGAGGUGAUCGAUGUGAUGCAGGAGAACAUCUCCAAGGUGAUAGAGAGGGGUGAACGCCUCGAUGACCUGCAGGAUAAGUCUGAGAGCCUGUCUGACCACGCGUCCGCAUUCAGCAGCCGAGCCAAACAGCUGCACAGGAGGAUGUGGUGGAGAGACACGAAGAUGAAGAUGAUUAUUGCACUGGUAGUUGUUGCUCUUCUGCUGAUCAUUAUCGUCCCAGUAAUCCUUCGAUAUCGUUAGACUGAUUCCUCACCAGUAGUGGACCGUUUUCUCCUCCUCCUUUUCCCCCUGUAUCUUCUCAUCUGGCGCUCAGUCCCAGGGGGCACUGGGACACUGUCCAUACCAUCUUCAGAGUCAGCCUGUUCACCCGGGUCUUAUCUUGGACCUUAGUUCAGAUCUUACAACCAUAUUCUGAUGUGUUUGAUCCCUGCUUGAUGAAGUAAAGAAAAAACAAAAACACUGACUUUUGUUUUGGCCCUUGUGUCAGUGUGAAAGAGUGCUUCAUUCCAUGAGACCUACCACAGGCAGGGGCUUGGUUCCCUGUCCUUCAUGCUACAUCUCAGAUAAAUACUCCUGGACCGGGGAAUCCAACAGUCUGUGUUUAUCUCCUGUAAAUCUGCUGCAGCAUCCUCAUAUAAAGAGGCUGUAACCUCCGCAGAUGAACCUCUGAUGUCUUCUCACGAUUCCCCACAUGUGCAUCUCAAACACCAACAGGGGAGAUGGUUUAAAGGGAAGACCUAUCCUAGUAAAGGCACAUUUUUAAAAUUCUCUUCUGGACAAUGUGAGAAGACAUCUGAACUUCAUCUGCGUUUUUCUUUUUUUUUCUUUUUUAAAUCGAGGUUUUUUUUUAUUAUUUAAAAAAAAAAAAAAAAGCAGUCCUACCCUUAAGGGAAGAUUCCUCUAGCAAAAACGAUGAGCCUUUUGAUGUGCUCAUGCAACAAUCUGGUUGUAGCUAAUUUUAUGUGCAGAAAAAGAACCAUGAGAUUCUGAAUGUCUGUUCACCGUUCUGUGCUCUAAACCUCUCACUUCCUGCAGGACUAUGCUGAUCCCUGGGCUGCUUUGGUCACCGCCCUUCAGGUGUUCAUUUACUCUAAACACUGCAAAUGGUUCUGUUUGGUUUAAAGCUGUUUUUUUUUUUUUUUGCUCAUUUUUCUCUAAAUUGGACUUAUUGUUUCUGCUUUAUGAUACUCUGUAUGAAUGACGGGACGGGUCAUCUCUACUGUUUACGACUGAGAAGGAAGGUCUUUAAUGUGAAUGCAAACCAUAGGUGUAGUUGUGACUGGGUGAAGUCUACGUGGUAAUUUGAUUAUUUUUGUGUAAUUUAUUUUAGCUGUAAAUAUUGAUUCUGUAACGAUAAUGUACAGUACUUCAUGGCAUUGCAUUGGAAGGCUGUGAUUCCAUUUGCUCUGAAAUAAAAUGAUAUUAAAGGGCA